AUGUCAAAGCCCUUGUAUGAGUUUACCCCCAUAACUAACAUCAUCAAAGGUCCUCAUGCUCUUGACUAUUCCAUCAUCAUUCAAUCCACCAAGAUUAUUAAUGGCGCUCCAUCUUGGGAUGAUUUUCCUAUUACUGUAAGGAUGCAAAAGUGCAUUGAAAAACCAUAUGUGGUUGAAUCCUCAGACUCUGAAGAGGAUAAUGAUGAAGAUGGUAAUAAUGAUGAUGAUGGUGAUGAAGAAGAUAAUGAUAAUGAGAAUUCAGAAGCUAGUAAUAAAGAAGGGGCUGAUGAGAAAGAAGAUACUCAUAAAGAUGAAGAAGAAUUAGUAGCAGACCCAGAGAAUAAUUCACUCAGAAAAUGA